CGAUAGCUUGUGGCGGUCGGCAGAUAAGCUUACGGCAAUUUGUUGUUUUUCUUUCCACUCUACCAUAAAUACCUUUUGUUUUGCGGCACUCACGCAUUCAGUUCGUUUCUCUUCUACAGCUAAAAGCAACUUAAUAAUUAAACGAAACGCGUUAAAUUCCCCCAAUAAAUUCAGCCGCUUGUGUUUGAUUUUUUCGUUUAAUUGCAUACGAGCCGGACGAAGAAGAAGACGCAGCACAACAGUGCACAGUGUAAGCGGUAACGAGAGCGAGAGAGGGCGAAACAAAGAAGGAGGCGCAAAACACACAAUAAAAAAAAACACACACAAUUAAUUUUUGUAAAUUGUCGCUGUCGCAAACCGAAGCAAAAGCUAACGAAGCUGCCAAGCUCAAUAACUGAUCGCACAUCACGUGUUAAUUACGUGAAUACGUAAUUAUUUCUACUGUUUUCGGAAUAUCCUGCAAUUAUAUUUACAUAACAACAAGCAGGCGGUAUGAAUAAUUUGGCCGACACUGUUGUGGUUGAUCCGGGUUUUGGUGGCGGUGAUAAACAGCAACAGGCGGUGGCAACACAACCGCAGGAUCCGAGUGUUGUGGUUCCCCCUCCCGCUACCAAGCAAUCCUCGGCACUGAAGAAGACGAGUCGCUAUCGGAGUCGCUCCUUGAGUGCUUCCUCCACGGAUUCCUUCAGCUCCGCUUCGUACACGGGCAGCAGCGAGGAUGGGGACGAUGUUCCACCCCGCGAGAAGGUGCAGAAGAAUUCCAAGGGCAGCUCCGAUUUCUGUGUGCGCAAUAUAACCGCUCAACAUGCCUUUGGACGGCGGGAGAUUGAGAUUGCCGAGCAGGAGAUGCCCGGUAUUAUGGCAUUGCGUAAGCGGGCAGCCGAGGAUAAACCGCUGAAGGAUGCCAAGAUCGUGGGAUGCACUCACAUCAACGCCCAGACAGCGGUUCUCAUUGAAACUCUGGCGGAACUCGGAGCGAGCGUCCGUUGGGCUGCUUGCAACAUUUACUCCACCCAAAACGAAGUGGCCGCUGCUUUGGCGGAAUCGGGCAUUCCAAUCUUUGCCUGGCGCGGUGAGACGGAGGAGGAUUUCUGGUGGUGCAUUGAUCGUUGUGUGAAUGCGGAGAAUUGGCAGCCCAACAUGAUCCUGGAUGAUGGCGGAGAUGCCACACAUUUGAUGCUCAAAAAGUAUCCCACCAUGUUCAAGCUGGUCAAGGGAAUUGUCGAGGAGAGUGUCACCGGUGUCCAUCGUCUCUAUCAGCUCUCCAAGGCCGGCAAACUGACAGUGCCGGCCAUGAAUGUCAACGAUUCGGUGACCAAGACCAAAUUCGAUAAUCUCUACAGCUGCAAGGAGUCCAUUCUGGACAGUCUCAAGCGAUCCACGGAUGUCAUGUUCGGUGGCAAACAAGUUGUCGUCUGUGGCUACGGAGAUGUGGGCAAGGGAUGUGCACAGGCUCUAAAGGGACAGGGCUGCAUUGUGUACAUCACUGAAAUCGAUCCGAUUUGUGCGCUCCAAGCGAGCAUGGAUGGAUUCCGAGUGGUCAAGUUAAACGAGGUGAUCCGCAAUGUGGACAUUGUGGUGACGGCGACGGGCAACAAGAAUGUUGUGGUGCGUGAGCACAUGGAUAAGAUGAAGAGCGGUUGCAUCAUUUGCAACAUGGGACACUCGAACACAGAGAUCGAUGUGAAUGGACUGCGCACACCGGAUUUAACCUGGGAGAAGGUGCGCUCCCAGGUGGAUCACAUCAUUUGGCCCGAGGGCAAAUACAUAAUAUUGCUCGCCGAGGGUCGAUUGGUCAAUUUGAGCUGCUCGAGUAUACCCUCGUUUGCGGUAUCCAUAACAUCUGCCACGCAGGCGCUGGCAUUGAUAGAGCUAUUUAAUGCGCCUCCAGGGCGCUACAAGUCCGAUGUCUAUCUGCUGCCCAAGAAGAUGGAUGAGUAUGUGGCCAGUCUGCAUUUGCCCACAUUUGAUGCACAUCUGACGGAGCUCAGCGAUGAGCAGGCCAAGUAUAUGGGCCUCAAUAAGGCCGGUCCUUUCAAGCCCAAUUACUAUCGCUACUAAAAAAAAAAAGGGACAAUAACAACACAACACAACAUACAACACAACAAACAACACAAACAAACAACAACAAUUAGCAACACAACGCCAACGAAAGUAUUUUCUUUGCAAGAUUAUAAAACUAUUUAUGCGAGAAUUCAAGUUCUCAAAAAA